AUGUCCGAUGGUUACGCCGUGUUCUUUGGGUUAGCUACAAUCAUUACUAGCCUAAUUGCGACGCUUUUUCUGGUAGUCACAGUAGUGGUAAGCACUUUUUUGGCCAUGUAAAUGAUCUUUUACGCUUUUUCGGGGGCAAAAAUAAUUUUUUUAGGCAAUGAUCCGAAGCCGUUUGCAUCGGGAUAAAUCCGCAUAUCGAAUAAUGAUUUCACAAAAUCUGUCCGAUAUUCUCCAACUUAUACCUCAUUUCUUUGGUGGAUGUGCCUUAUUGUUCAACAAGGAAUUAGACCUUACUUUGAAUUUGGUAGGUCGUUCAAAACUAAUCUCUUUGGAGAGCGGUUCCGUCGGCUACAAGGUCAAAAAAGAUAUCAAAAUAAGCUCGAAUUUGGUAUCAAAAAGUGUCACAGAGGAAUAAAAAUAUCUAUUAUUCCUCUGUGAUACUUUUUGACACCAAAUUCGGGCCCAUUUUGAUAUCUUUUAUGACCUUUCCGUCCGCAGUUAAUUUCUCUGGAAACCGGUUCCAGUUAACAACAAGGUCAAAAAAGAUAUCAAAAAAAGCUCGAAUUUGGUAUCAAAAAGUAUCACAGAAGAAUAAAUAUAUUAAUACCUUAUUCCUCUGUGAUACUUUUCUACCAAAUUAGAGCUCUUUUUGAUAUCUUUUAAGACCUUUCUGUCCGCAGUUACACUCCGUAUAAUAUCCUUUUCAGAUACUCGGCCAUAUAAUGUAUUGCAGUUGGAAUGUUAUGAUAUUUCUUUAUUUAUUACUGGCAUUUGAUCGGUUUUGUAUGCUGAACUUUACAAGGGGCGAAAUUCGCCCAGCCUGUGCCAAUGUAAGCAAUUGUUGAUUGUACAACAGAGCAUUAUAAUCUUUCUCAUCAAAAAAUCUCUUAAAUUUUAGGCUCAAAUCCUCUUUUGUUGGAUUCUCGGUGCAAUAACUGCUUACUUAUUUUACUUUUGCAAUCACAAUUUAAUUUUUGUUGUUUCUGCGCUCUGCUGGACUACCGUUAGCCAAGCCGACUCUACUUUGUACGACUUUCUCUACAGAAGCCAAUAUGCAGAACUUAUUUUAACGUUCAUCUUGAGCUGUUUUAUCGUUUUGUCAGCUGGUUUAAAGGUAAUCGUUUUCUUAUUUCGACUAGAGACGCUUUUGUUACAGUGACGGACCUGAUCUAGCGGCAAGAAAUGUGCCAUUUUACGUCCGGGAAGCAUCAAAAAUGUAGCAAAAUACCUCCCUCUCCAACUAAAAUUAGUUUUUUCACUUGUAGAGGGAGGUAUUUUGCUCCAUUUUUGAUACUUCCCAGAUGCAAAAUGUUACAUUUUUUUGCCAACCAUAACAUGCCUUUCUCUAUUUUCAGCGCUACAAAUAUGUCAAAGCAAAACGGCUCAAAAACAAAGAGCAGCAGAUCUUGGCGCAGAAUGUGCUUUCAUUUAUGAGUACUGUUGGUAACAUGUAUGCUUGGAAUUAUCAAAAUUCUGCGAAAAACCAGCUGCUCUUCGCGGCAAUUAUUAACCUUCAUUGGGUUGCCAUUUGUGGAAUGACGCCUUUUAUCAGCUUCGUAAUGAAUUCGUAAGUUCGUUUUGAUUCGGCGUUACUCCAAAUUUGAUCGGUUCUCUUUAGGGAAAGGAUUUCGUUGCGGGACCCAAAAAUUUGAAAAGCUCCAAAAAAUCCGUCAUAGUGACUGAAUAAGAGACUGAAUUUUUUAAAACAGGUUCUAUGAACACAUUUUUUAUACCAUUUACCACACUUUUACUUAAAAAAUCGUCAUUAUGACCGAUUUUUCGGAAAUUCUUUUAUUUCUUGGUCUCACAACGAAAACGCCAAAAAAACUCCAAUUUUCCCAAAAAAAUUCAAUGCUCAACAAGUUCACUAGUAAAUUUGCAUCAUGAUAAACCUAUUUUUAGUGAGAUCCGUGCGGCAGUCCUCAGUUUUUUAGGACGAAAACCGGUUUCAAAUCAGUCGGUUACGGUAGUCAGCAGGUUUGUCACGCCAACUUACGGCUAA